AUGUCUUCAAAUGUGAAUAUUAGUUUAAAUUCUAAUGGAAAUAAAAUAAUCUUAACAAAUGUCUCAUCAAUUGAAAUAAUAAUAUUAUAUUUAAUAGGAAUAAGUGGAAUAUUAAUAAAUAUAUUAACAAUGAUAUAUUUAUUAAUAAUAGCAGCAUAUAAAAUGAAAUCAUCAUGUUUUUUAUUUCAUCAUUGUUUUAUUUGUUUAAUAUUAUCAAUAUUAUCUUUACCAUAUAUAUUAAGUUUUUCAAAUUAUUCAAUUGGAUGUCAUUAUUUAGGAAAUAUUCAAGUUACUUGUGUUACAGCUCAAUUAUUAAAUAUGGCUGCUAUGGUUGCUAAUGAAGCUUAUACAUUUGAAGAUCUUAUUCAUCAAGAUUUAUAUUCAAAUCAUUCACAUUUGAAUUCAAAUUCUUAUCAAUAUAAAUUAAAACAAUCAAAUAAAUCAACAAUAUCAUGUGGUUGUCUUUCUUUUGGAAUUUUAAUUAUUUGGUUUUCUUCUGUUAUACUUCAUUUAGGUAUAACAAUGAUUGGUAGUGAAUCAAAAUAUUAUUAUGAUAAUGAUGGUAAAUAUUGUAAUUUUAUAAUAAGAGAUUUUCGUGGAUAUGUGUUAACAUUAAUGUGGAUAAUAAUAACAAUAUUUUCUUUAAUGAUAACAAUAAGAUAUAUUCAUAAAAUCUUAACUGAAGUAUCAUCGAAAAGGCGACAUAAUCAACCAUUACUUUCAUUAUCAAUUAUUGGUAAACAUCAUGGACAAACAAUAGCAACACGAGAUAUAAUUAUGCAACAAAUUCAAUUAAGAAUUAAACUUAAUAUAUUACUUAUUAUUCUUUUUAUUAUUUUUUGGUUUCCAUUAUUUAUUGUUACAUUAUGUAAUAUUAAAUUUAAAAUACGGCAACAAAUUCUUAGAUAUUUAUUGUUAUUAGCAUGGUCAAAUUCUUCAAUAUCUCCGUUAACAUAUUAUUUAUUAUUAUCAAAAUGUAAUUAUUUGUCAAUAUUAUGUUGUAAAAAAGAUCGUCGAACAACAUAUGAUUCAUUAACAACAUAUUAUAAUAGAAUAGGUGAUAGAUUUCAUGAUAUUGGAAUAUCAAAUCAAUAUGAUAAACAAGAUAAACAAAUAUCUUUAUUUAAAAAAAAAUCAAUUCCAAUGAAUUUUAUUGAAAAUAAUCUAAUUAAUAAUUCAAUUGAAGAUUUAAAUGAAAAAAAAAUUCGAUUAAAAAAUUCCAAAGAAAAUAAUUAUAAAUUAAAUGAUUUUUCAAAUAAUAAUUCAUCAUCUUCAGAUAAAUUUAAUUCAAAAACAAAUUCGAUUUUUGUUAAAGAAAUUGAAAAUAAUAUUGAUAAUACAUCAUCAUUUGAUUCAUUAACAACAAUUAAUUAUAAACAAGAUCAACCAUUUAAUGGAUUAAUUGUUACUAGUACUAAACACGUCCAUUUGUGA